AUGCGGUCUGAGAACUUCUGUAGGUUUAAUGUGACUACUGUCUUGCACUUAGAUUCUCCAAGUAUUAUGGAUAUAUCUAUAAUCCAAGAUGUGGAAGAAAGAGUAAAUGUUAAUCAUGUGCCAGACUACAUUGAUGAUAUCCAUAAAUACAUUAGGGAAAUGGAGGUGAAAUGCAAGCCUAAAUCUAACUAUAUGAAGAAACAGCCUGACAUAACAAACAAUAUGAGAGCUAUUCUUGUGGACUGGCUGGUGGAAGUAGGAGAAGAAUAUAAACUACAGAAUGAAACCCUGCAUUUAGCUGUAAAUUACAUUGAUAGAUUUCUUUCUUCAAUGUCUGUUCUGAGAGGAAAGCUUCAGCUUGUGGGUACUGCAGCUAUGCUGCUAGCAUCAAAGUUUGAAGAAAUUUACCCUCCGGAAGUUGCAGAAUUUGUCUAUAUCACAGAUGACACCUAUACUAAGAAGCAAGUAUUAAGGAUGGAACACUUAAUUUUGAAAGUCUUGUCAUUUGACUUGGCAGCUCCAACAAUAAAUCAGUUCCUUACUCAGUACUUUCUGCACCAGCAGGCAAAUGCUAAAGUUGAAAGUUUAUCGAUGUAUCUGGGGGAGUUGAGCCUAAUUGAUGCUGACCCAUACCUUCAAUAUUUGCCAUCAGUUAUUGCUGCUGCUUCAUUUCAUCUAGCAAGCUACACACUCACUGGACAAACCUGGCCUGAAUCAUUGUCCAGAACGACAGGAUAUGCACUUGAAAGCCUCAAGCCUUGUCUUAUAGACCUUCACAAGACCUACCUCAAAGCAGCACAACACACACAACAGUCUGUAAGAGAGAAAUACAAGAAUGCAAAGUAUCAUGGAGUAUCGCUCAUUGACCCACCAGAGACACUAAACCUAUUGUAACAAUCAAGGGACUGAUGCGUUUUUUGUUUUUUUGUUUUUUUUUUUAAUAUAUAUUUUUUUUAAGAUGUGCAUUUACUCCUCCAAGAAAAUGAUGUACAAUUUUAAACUUUAUUCAAAAUUUUAGGCUUCCAAUCAUCAUUUCAGAUUCAAUCUGAAGUUCACUUCAGAUUAUGAUGUUUGUUUUUAUAGGGUUUUAAUGUAAAUCCUUUGUGCAAAAAAUCUUGUUCAAAAUACUUAGCUGGAGCUCUUUUCUAUAAAGCCGUUCUGUUCAAGUUUUAAACUUAACCAUGCAGACCAACUGUUUAAUCUGAGACUUCAGACAUUUUAUCCUAAAAUGAUUAGAGAAAGCGUCGGAGUAAACGGCAUAUGGAAUAAAAUGAGUAAGAGCAGCGCAGUGAAGUGGGAAUUCCCACUUCCGCAGUGGUCAUGUUUGUCUCAAGUUCUAGUGAACCACUUGAACAACAACACAGUAUCUGUAGCAUCUCUUGCUAACACUACAUUCUAGUAUUGCUUUGGACAUGGAUUAAAUCUAAACUGUCUCUAAUAGCAGUCAUGCUGGACUAAAUAUCUAAACUACUAGGAAGAUAAAACUUGGCUGAACUGCUGAAGCAUUCCAACCUUGCUUCUUUUAUGGGAGAACACUGAAAUCCAUUGUUAAGGGUUAUGUUCUAACAUCGCUAACGUUCUAGUAUUGUCAGGUUGUGUAUUACAUGCUUGGAAGUUGCCAUUAGACAGCUAAAACUGAGCCUUGUGUCAUAAGGUUCCCACCUUAUGGUGUAGGAAAUGGUUCAACUUAAAAUCACAGAGACUAGAAUAUUUUUUUUUAUAUGAAAUUUGUGCAGGUCUAUUACUAAAAAUGUUAGCUUCCAUAAAAAGUUAUUUACAGCUAAUGUAUGAUAGUGCUGUUGUACUGCUUGAGCAGAACCCAGCUGGGAAAAGUAAACUAUAAGGGGCUGAGACCAGCCACUAGAUAUACCACCUUCCUCAUUUAAAAGAAGACAGUACAGGUGGCCAGCACAGCUUGAUUUUUAUGAGUUGUGGGUUUAGGGAUACUAGUUCAUUGGUCCUUCACUCUUCCUGUGAGUAGGUCUUACUUAACACCUAAUCAAAAUAAGUUCUUGUUUUCUUCACUUCGGUAGAGCACUUUUUAAUACCAUAAAAUGACUAAAUCAGUGUUAGGACAAAUAUAAACUGACCUUAAUCUGUGAAUCUGUAACACUGCUUUGUUAACUAGUUACUUGGUCUGUAAAGCAGUGGCUGCAUGGAAAUGGAUUCAAGAGUAUACCAGGUUGCCAAAUAAACAUCUUGUUACUGGA